UUUACAGGUGAAGGAACAUCUAUACCCUAUUCUGAGUCGGAAUGAAUUUACCCGGUCUUUGACAUGGACCCUAAGGCACCGCAACUCAACCUGAGGCGGGAAGUGGGGCUCACGGGGGCCGUGGCCCUUAUCGCCGGGACCAUGAUCGGAUCGGGCAUCUUCAUGUCGCCGCAGUAUGUGCUGUUGGCCAUCGGCAGCCCUGGAGCGAGUUUGGUGGUGUGGGCCUGCUGCGGUUUGCUGGCCAUUCUGGCGUCGCUCAGCUACGCCGAGCUGGGGACCUUGAUACGCGAGUCGGGGGGAGAGUACAUCUACAUCCUCAGAAACACGGGCCCGUCCGUCGCCUUCCUGUUGAUCUUCAGCUCGGUGAUGUUCGUGAGGCCCGCGGGCGUCGUCGGCAUCGCGCUCAGCUUCGCCAAGUACGCCGUGGCGCCCUUUUACGCGGACUGCGCCCCGCCAGAGCUGGUGGUCAAGUGCGUGGCUGCGACCGCCAUCCUGGUGCUGGCCUCAGUGAACUGCCUAAACGUCCGCUUCGCGAUGUCCGUGCAGGUGUUCUUCAUGGUGGCCAAGGUCUUCGCCCUGCUCGUCAUUGUCAUAGGAGGUGUGACGAGGCUCAUCCAAGGAGACGUUCUCAACUUUGAAGACUCGUUCGCCAACACAAACGUUGGCAUUAAUCCAAUUGGCAUCGCUUUCUACCAGGGCCUAUGGUCUUACGAUGGGUGGAACAAUCUGAAUUAUGUGACCGAAGAGCUGAAACGUCCGGAGGUGAAUCUUCCCAGGGCUGUCCUGAUCGCCAUCCCCAUGGUGACGUUGUUGUACGUUCUGGUCAACGUGAGCUACCUGCUGGUCAUGACUCCCGCCGAGUUGAUGUCCUCCACCGCGGUGGCAGUGACCUGGGGUAAUAAAGUGCUGGGCAGCUGGGGCUGGAUCAUGUCCGUGGCGGCGGCGCUGUCUGCGUUCGGGUCGCUCAACGGGACCUUCUUCAGCGGGGGCCGCGUGUGCUUCGUGGCGGCGAGGGAAGGACACAUGCCAGAUAUUCUCGCCAUGGCCCAUGUCCACAGACUGACCCCCUCACCUGCGCUGAUUUUCACUACAGUCAUCUCUCUUCUUGUGCUGAUUCCAGGGGACUUCCAAUCCAUCGUUAACUUCUUCAGUUUCACUGCCUGGUUUUUCUAUGCAAUCACAAUUUCGGGACUCCUUUACCUCAAGAUCAAGAAACCUGAACUGCCUCGACCAUACACGGUUCCUAUCAUCAUCCCCAUAUUGGUCCUCCUCGCAGCCAUCUUUCUGGUGCUGGCACCCAUUAUAGACAAUCCUCAAAUUGAGUAUCUCUAUGUGACUCUAUUCAUCUUCAGUGGGAUUUUAGUUUACAUACCAGUCAUCCAUUACAAACUCUGCCCGGGUCUAUUGAACAGGAUAACUCUGUUCCUUCAACUCUUCCUUGAGGUCGCUCCUGCGGACAAGAACCUCUGAAGAUGCAAAGAUAGAAAGGACUGUUUUUUGGUUUGUUUAUCUUACACUGGCUAUGUUUAAAUCGGCUCACCUGUGCCCCAUUCCCAUAGCACUUUUUAGUACAGUUGGCGUGACAUGUAUUGGUUGCAUAAUCAAGAAGACACGUGUGAGAUGUCACCCUGAGAAAACUAAUUUGCAUAAAUAGCUCCUGUGUGCAAACCAUCUCUAUUGGAUGACUCCGAUGACAGUGAAAACCACUGCACAUCCUGGGAUAUAGUGCAGAUAUGUGUGCUGUACUGAAAAAUUAUUUUUGACAGCACUGGAAAAUGCUGACGCUCCUUAAAUAGUGCAGUAACUGUGUCACUCUCACUACUAAAUAUCUAGGCACUAUUACCCUUAAAAUAUGUUGACACAGGUGAUGGGAAGGAAGAAUGAAAAAAGUGAGCACCUCUGGCCUCAAAAUCGAUUGAUUUGAAUGAAAUUAGGAAUAUGGUUACCAGUGUAUUUCUUGUUAUUCACAAUUUUCUA